AUGAGUUAUGCCACAAUUUACAUUGCCAAGGAGCUGGAGCAGCAGUUGAUCGACCGUAAUCAUCCUAAUGACAACAACAGCGUGGGAGAAGAAGAAGAUGAUGGCAAUGUGGUUUUAUCUUCUUCUUCUUCUUCUUCUUUUUCGGAACACAAUCAUAGUAGCACUAAUCAACCGCACGAGAAACGUGAUAGAAACCAUAUCCAUUUCGGAGCACUUGUCUUGUGUCUUUGUAUAAGUGUCGCACGCUUAAAUGAAAAGGUUUUAGCGCUCAUCUCGCUGUCUGGAUGCAUCUACCCUAUCUUUUCGGCUGCUUACUCGUUCAGCCGCUAUGCAGAAAUCUCGCAGACGCAAUUGGACGCCAAGCCCUCUUGGUCAUUUAACAAUGCUUAUUCCUGA